AUGUUACACAAUCUAGGAUUUCUGCUUUCGACGCUCCUGCUCAUCGUGCGUACCGCGGUGGCUCAGUGUCCCUGGCAACGAGAGGUGCCCGAUUUGCAAACGUCCUGUCUUUGUGCCUACAAUCUCGGACAGGAGCUGUCUGUGCAAUGUGAUCAAGUCGAUUUUCCAAUAUUAGUGGAAGCCUUAGAUAAGUAUGCACGAUCGACAGCUCUCGAUCUGUUGUAUGUCAAUAAUUCCACCAUCGAAAGAUUGGAGGCAAAUAUUUUCGAAAACCUAAAGUUGUUCAACGUGCAGCUAAGCAGCUGCGAGAUCCGAAGGAUCGACGAUAUGGCCUUCAAAGGCCAGGAAAAUAUCCUGAAAAACUUAAACCUGCAGGAUAAUCUGCUGGAGGAGGUUCCGAUACGAGCGCUGAAAAUUCUGAACAUUCUAAAUCUGCUAGAUCUGUCUAAAAACCGAAUUCAUGCCAUUCCAAACGAUGCCUUUAACGGCCUAGCCAAACUAUCUACGCUUAAGCUGAGUGACAACAAUGUCACCCUGGCAUCCUUUGCCUUCCGAGGUCUAGAGAGCAGCCUGAAAAAUCUGAACCUCAAAGGUACGAAACAGAAAAGAGUUCCGGAGGCUGUUCGCGGUCUGAGGAUGCUCGCAUUUCUGGAUCUAUCCCAGAACGGCAUCCGAGAACUGCCCGGAUCGUCUGGCAUGCGUACCUUCGAAGGUCUGGAUUCUCUUACGGCACUGAACCUGGAGCGAAAUCUGAUCCAGAGUCUCGGAGAGACUGCCUUUUCCGGUGUUCGAAAAACGCUCAGUUCGUUGAGCUUGCUAAACAAUCUGCUGGCGGAGUUCCCAGUCGGUGCUAUCCACUCGCUACGUGAGCUGCGAGUCUUGGACAUUGGUUUCAACCUGCUAACUGCCUUGCCGGAGACAGCAUUUCGCGGCAAUCCGGCCGUCACUUUGCUAGCCCUCGAUGGCAAUCCACUUCCAACUGUGCCUGAAAAAGCCCUGCUACAUCUGAAUCGAACUUUGCGGGGACUAUCGCUCGGCGGUAGGUUCCUGCACUGUGACUGUAAGCUACGUUGGGUAGCCGAGUGGAUUCGUAAUGGCGAUCUACAAGUAACAUCCCGUGAACGCAACCCACAAUUCUGCGGAUCUCCGAAUCGCUUUCGCGAUCGAGGUUUCUAUUCUAUACAGCCGGAGGAACUCUCCUGUCCGGAUGCCGAAGUCAUUGGAACAACGAACGCUACGACCAGCGGAACGACUGCACUUUCAACGAUCUCACCGACAACCAAUGCCGUACCUUCAUCUUCAUCGCAAGAAACUCCGGCGACGAAUUCAACCACCGACAGCACUACGGUGCUGACAACGACAACGCAUUCAACGACUAAACAAAGCACAGCGGCUACCACCAAGGCAAGUGUGACGAAAAACUGGCGCAACAACAACAACUCACCUCCGCACAAGCAAAGGCCUCCCCUGGUGCUAGGAUUCCCACCGCAACGUGGCACUCAGAUCGAUGACUCCAAAGAGGUGCAAGUUAAAAACGCUUUCAGCUCCCGACAGGACAGCUCGGUCAUCAUUCAGUGGGACUCGGACACCGCCAACAUUCUAGGCUUCCGUGUUGUUUAUCGCCUGUUCGGCGAUAAGAGCUUCAAACAAGGACCACCCCUAGAAGCCAGCGAGCGGGAGUUCAAAAUCAAAAACGUCCCAGCGGCCGAGUGCUUCAUCGUGUGUGUCGUAUCCCUGGAGGAGAUCAGCGUUACGCCGGAGAAUGUGCCUUACAGCCAGUGCCGCGAGGUGAGGACGGUAGCCUCGCCAGCAUCCAAUAUGGACAAAAUAACGAUCGCAGCCAGUGCUGCCAUUUGCGGUACGAUAGCGAUUGCUGUCAUUGUUUUCAUCGCUGCUACCAGACGACAAAGGAAACGAUUGCAGUCGCUGUCGCAGCAGAAAAGUGCCCUGCCGAUCGCCGGUCUGCCGGUGAACUGCUGCGGCCCCACCCCCAGCCCGAACGGACCGCUCGGAUCGUUGGCCACCCUGUCCGCGUUCAACUCGCACAAGGAUUGGGAUCAAGUAUCUGCGUACAGUGGCCGUUCGAUCCCGCGGCCGCGGAUCUAUCCGAUGGAGAACCAAGCUAUUCCGGACGAUCUGCGCAGUCACGUUUCGCACUUUUCCGCCGUCGGCGGCAAAGUAGGCAAGGCUCGGUCCAUUGCCGACGGACAGUCGCACCACAGUUUCUCUAACCACUCGCAACGGGGCUAUCUCGGAUCGGCGUUCCCUAGCAAUCUGGUGAACUCUCGGCCAGAACUCAGACAAUCACGUCAAUCGCUGGCGGCCGCUUCGGAGCGAAUGUCGAGAGCAUCCUACGCCGGGUCCAUCGUUGGUCCGGCACACAGUAUAGCGUCCAGCACGCGGCGCACCAGACCGCGAUCGCGCUCCCGCGAGCAGCUCAACGGAACGCACGUCCACUCGCACCCGCAUCGUCCCGGAAGUCGCUACUCCACGGCCGGCUCGACGCACACCCUCAACAACUACUGUGACACCUCGGACAACUGGACCGACCACGAUAUGGACAUCUACAUGACCCGCAAUCCGACAGCGCGGAACGGCGGCAUGGUGCCAUUAUGA